CGCCAAAUUUUGUAAAAGAGUUCGGUCUUCCGUAGAGAAGUUUCGUCUUUUCCUUACCAGAUGUAGCACUAAAACAAACGAAAACUUCAUCGGAACUGCCAAAAUAUGUUAGGAAGGCCAGAAUUUGAGUUUGCUCUGGGUAUGCCGCCAUUGGGGUAAGAAUGUGAAUACUGGACGGGAUUGUAAGAGUCUUAACACAUCCCAAAGGAGGGCAGAUCAUUGUUGGUGCCAACGACCUGCAGAAAUGGGAAUCCAAGGCCUUCUUCCAUUACUAAAGCCUAUCCAAAAGCCCGUCUCCAUCGCUGAGCAUUUCGCAGGUCAAGUCAUUGGGAUAGAUGCCUACUGCUGGCUGCACAAGGGAGCUUAUGGCUGCGCUAUGGAAUUGGUUGAAGGAAAGAAAAGCUCCGUGUAUGUUAAUUACGUUUUGAAGCGUGUUGACAUGCUGCUACAUUUCAAUGUCAAACCAAUUCUGGUUUUUGAUGGAUCAUACCUUCCCUCCAAAGCUGGACAGGAGGAACGACGAAGGAAGACAAGACAAGAAAACAAGGCGAAAGGACUGGCUUUUCUACGGGCUGGAAACAGGCAGCAGGCUCUAGACUGCUUUCAGAAGUGCGUGGAUAUUACUCCAGAUAUGGCCCUUGAAGUCAUAAAGGAAUGUCGUAAGAAGGGCGUGUACUGUAUUGUGGCACCUUAUGAGGCAGAUGCUCAAUUAGCAUAUCUGAUGAAAUCAGGUCUAGCUCAGGCUAUUAUAUCUGAAGAUUCUGAUUUACUUGUCUAUGGAUGCCAGAAGGUCAUCUUCAAGAUGGAUGUUAAUGGUCAUGGCUUAGCAGUGGAUCUGGCUGAUCUUUCCAAACUAACAAAGCUCAAACUACAUGAAUUCACCCAAGAGAAGUUCAGACACAUGUGCAUUCUGUCAGGUUGUGAUUAUCUGCCGUCUGUCAAGGGCAUUGGUCUACAGACAGCAAUUAAACUGCUGCGCAAAUCAUCCAAUGUUGAAAAGCUGAUCAGAUCUCUCAGAACUGAAACAAAGAUGCAUGUCCCUGAUGAUUAUGAGAAGAACUUCAAGCAGGCAGAGGAGACAUUUUUGUACCAGCUUGUUUUUGAUCCUGUUUCUAUGAAUCUGGUUCCUUUGAGUGACCUGCCAGACGGAUUGAAACCUGGUGACCUGGGCUUUGCUGGUCCACUAAUGACAAGAGAAAAAGCCUUGGGUAUUGCACUUGGUAAUAUUAACCCCAUCACAGGUGAAAUGAUAGCAGAUUUUGACCCCAAAAAGAUCAAGAUUAUUGACCUGGGAUCUGGUAACAAAUUGGACGAAGACUCUCAAUCACGUGCUCUCACCCCAGUCUCUAUGUCCUCCUUUGGCCAUGCCGUCAUAAGUAAGAGAGGGAAGACUGAAUACGAUGUGCAAAAAAACCUCUCUGGGUUGAUGCUCAAUUCAACGUCAUCGGCGAAAACCAAGAAACCUUUCGUGCCGCCAGGACUUAAACGGAAGAUUGAAGAAGAAAGUGUUGAUGACCACUCACUUCUCAAUAUGUACACUGUUUUGAAACCCAAGAAUGUCAUUCCUCGUGCUCAGGGAAAUUUCCAACGCACGAAACCUGGUGCUUUGUCAUGGAACGGGACGAAAAAGUCCAAGUUCAAAAACCCUUUUAAAAUCAGCGAUCAGCGGGUUGAGGCGCAAGAUGAAGUUAAAAUUAGCAGGUACUUCAAUAUCACUGGAAAUCAGCUGGAAUCACUGAAGUAUUCAGCAAACGCAACAGAGGGCAGUCCAGCUGGUGGAACAAAUUUGGAUUCCGAAAACACUGAUGAGUUAUCCUUGACAGGUGAAUCACGGCCUGGAGGUGGUCUUACUGCCUUGAUACAGAACGUGGAUGAACACUUAUUUCAGUGUGAAGGAGAAAAUUCUGUGGUGAUUAAUAAAAUGGAACAGAACAAGGAGAAUUAUUCAAAAAGGGAGGACGAUUCUUCUUCUAAACUGCGCAAAAUUGAAUAUUACAAAACUGAAAGCAAGGAGGAAACUACUCUUCACAACAGCGACUAUUCGCAAACCUGUUCUCCUAAAAAGCUGUUAUGCCAGGGCGUGUUAACGAACCAGUCAUUAAAUAUAAGCUACGACCACAAAGAUGAAUCCGUAGAAACAAAAUUAAGUGAACGUUUUAGCUACAAACGAUUUCAAAGGCCAACAAAACUUAUUGAUAACACAUCAGAACCCUUAUCGAGGGAGGAAACUGUGUCUAAUGACAGUAGCUUUUCACGAUCAGUUGAGGUGAUACGUAUCGACAGUGGGUACAUGUCAGAUACGGAGAUGAGUACAGAUGGUGACACACCCACCUCUACUCAGUCAGUUAUCAGGGGCCAAACUACACCCUCCACGAGCAGAAAUUUUUCGCUUUUACAAGGCAGUGCUGUUGGAUCCAAGACAACGAAGAAGCAGAUUCGGCUGAAUUCUAAAGCAGGUCUUAGAAGUACUGGACUCGGCAGAUGCCGCUCAAUAGGAAUUUCAAAAAAGAAAACGAAACUCAAAGAUUCGCCGGACUCUGCUGGAUCGUCGUAUCUGUUGAGUUAUUUUGAGUUCGACAGGCGGAAGAAACCCAGGUAGUGUUCGGUAAUUUUAUCGUGGAUACCUAUUGAAGGGCGGUCUUUAUUUAAAAUUCAUCAGGCUUUUAGAAAAUAUCAACAAGAAAUGUUUACAGUGGAACUGACGUGUUAAAAGUUUCAUUAAAAAUUUUCUUUCCUUGGGAAAAAAUAUACUGUUGCUGUAGGUUGACUUUUCUCGAAAGUUCCCGCCCCGAGUCCAUUUUGUUCCCAGAAUACGCGCCCCAUUUCCAGGUGUGACUCUCCAUAUUAUUCGUGCUUUCGGAUGCGGCAAUUUAACCCUUUGACCCCUAAGUGUGAUUGGCAUCCUAUUCUUUUUACGGUAUCACUGUUGAAUCAAACAUAAAGGUUAUGAGAAUAAGGGAAAUGAUCACUCAUUAUAUAGAGAAGCUCUUAAUUGUGAAACAAAUUCUCCUUGUCAGUACCAUAUAGAGAACAGCAUUGAGAAUAUGCAUACUGAUCUUUGAGUGUAAAGGGUUGGUACGAUAAUGACGUAGAAAUCUGUCAAAAAGAAAUCUCCGACUUUAUCUUGUUAUUCGUGUGCUUAAUCUUCAUUAUUCUUCGUGGAAAUUCGGCAAAGAAUCUCUUCAUACCAUUUUCCCUGUUUAAAUCAACUCCUUUUUCUUUCUCCAGACUCAGUGAUGACAGCUGACAUGCGUGUUUCUCGAGCGUGAUGUAGUUAUAACCAAAUUCAUGCAUGGUUUUCCUAGCAGAGGGCUUCAUAGCAAUCAAAGAUGAUGUGGAAUGCUGUUGUAGAACCUUAUGAAGAGAAAUGUGGGAAACUCGUGAUUAAUGUCUGUCUCUAAACUACGGACACUGACACCAAGACCCGACAAAUUCAUUCCUUGAAAUGCUUUCAUGAUACAUUUUAAGGAUCAUUCACCAAAGAAAACUGAAGCUUUCAAAAUUCAUAGUUUAAGUUAAAGUUUUUAAAGUUUUUAGCCCUUAAACCCUAAGAGUCUCCAUCAUCCAAUUUAUCCUCACAGUAAUACUGCUGAACCUUUCAUGUCUUGGGAACAAAGGGAAGUGAUCGCUAACCUAAGAAGCUUUGAUUGUUAAACGAAUUCUCCUUGUUAGUUCCAAAGGAAAUGCACAGAGAGGAGGAUAGAGAAUAUUGACAUUGGUGUGAGGGUGUAAAGGGUUAAUUAGCCACUAAAGGAAUCAAUCGUAGAAUGAAAAAGGAAGUUAAGGACAUAUUUGGGAGCCACAGCGGUUGUGUAUUGGUUGUGGAAAUUUUUAAUCCAGAGUCAUUGUUAAACAUCCGCAAGCGAACAAGCUUGUGAAGCAGAAACUGAACAGUUUAUAGUUAAAGUUGGCCGCUCACGUGAUUACGUUAUUAAUUUUUUUGAUGCUAAAUUUACCUUGGAAUGUUAAUAAAUGUAGGAUUUUGCUUGUUGA